AGAGGAUGACAAAAACGACGUCGUAUAAUGAUUCAGUCAGAUGAUGGCGUUUUUGCAUACCAUCGAUCCGCGAAAUUCUAAAAAUCGAAAACCCUAAUCUGCGACUCUGCGCUCCAAAUCUCAUCAGACAUCUUCAUCUUCUCUCUUUCGUUGAGAAAACCAUGAAAAGACCAUGGAGUGAUAAAGAAGAUGAAUCAUCAUCAUCAAGUGAUACUGAAUCAGAGGCUGAGGAUGAACCUGGGAAGCCGAAGUCGUCACGAAAACCUUCUGAAGUGAAAUCUGUGAAACGAAAAAGCGGUGGAAUUGAUUUUGAAGCUUUGAGCCGCCAUGGUUAUAAAGGAGGCCUAUCUGUCCUGAAAGUGCCUCCACCGAAGGAGGAUCCAAAUCGAGACUGGACUUGGUCUACUGGCAAGGAUAGGAAAAAAGAUGAGGAGAGUGAGGAAUCAUACAAAGAGCGUCAGAAAACAAGAGCUGCUUUAGCAGAUGGAGAAGAGCUUGCAACUGCUAUAACUCAGAAAGAGAAGAAGACUUUUGCCCAGAAGGAAAAGAGAAAGAGAGACCUCGGCCAGACUAGUAGAGGAAAGAACUAUGUUGAAGAAGAAAAGAGAAUGUUAAGGGAUAGCGGUGUAUAUUCUGGAUUUGAUUGUUGAAGCAUGCAGAUAUUUCCUUAAAUUGGAAAAUCUUAACUCCAAGUAGGUUGCUCUGUUUGUGCAUUUCGUACGUAGACAGAUUCAUGCUCUGGUGUACUAUAUUGUAGGUUGAAGAUGCAUUUAUCAUAACAAGACUUGCACAACUUACAAAUUUGAUCUGUUAUUAAGCUAUAUCUAGUUAUAUGCAGGUGACUAAGCAAGGUUUUCUGCUAAUUAAUUGUGAAA